AUGGCUUUGGAUCUCAGAUUCUCCCUUACACGUGCAUCGUCCAGAAAUUGUCUUAACACAGACACCCCACAGUUUCAAAAAGACCAAAAACCUGCUGUACAAAUGGAAGAUAGCUCUACGUCCUCGACGACAGUCAGCUCCUUCCAGUUCAACGGUAACUUGGGUGCAAGGCAAGAACUUGCAAGACUCCGUGACUUUUUCUAUUCGUGGCUACAGCCUGAAAAGCACAGCAAGGAAGAAAUGAUCUCUCAGUUGGUCAUAGAACAGUUUUUGAUGAGUGGACACUGCAGGGACAGAGCUGCACUUAUACAGCAGUGGGAAUCCCGAGGCAGAAACCUGCAGACGCUGAUAGAAGACCUCGAUGAUGACAUGCAGAAAUCACCCUUAGUUCAUGUCUGCAUGCAAGGACACCAAGCCUUCUUUUCUGAGAAUAUGCCUUUAAAAGAAGUCAUCAGUCUUUUCACUAAGCAGAUGCCAGCAGGAGCCCCAACAGAAGAUAGCACAAGUAUACAUAUCCAUGCUCCCGCACCCACAAGCACUUCUGUGGCAGCAGCAGCAGACCCAGAAGAUGGUUAUGGCAUUUCUGUGCAGACUACUCAAAAUGGCACUGUUACGACUCACGACUCUCACACAACUUCCUUCGUCAUUACCCUAGAAAUGGUGGACUGUCCUACCCAGAACGAAGAAAGUGUUUCUUCUGAGAACCCACACAACUCCAGAAGGGCAGAGCCAGCAGUGGAUGGUUCCCAGGAAAGCAGCCUGGAGAGGCCAUCUGAUCCACAGGACCCUGCAGAGGUGCCAGCAGAGUGUUCAUCCAGGCCAGAUGAAUCCAUCCCUAAGCCCGAACAGAGCCAAAAGGGAAACUCCACCCACAACAGAUGCCAAAAGCGAUCUCACAAAGCCCCACAGUCACUCAAAUGUGACCAAUGCAACAUGACCUUUAAAUUCACCUGCAAAUUACUAGCCCACAAGAGAAGACACAGAGACGAGAGACCAUUUGCAUGUGAUCAGUGUCACAAAUGCUUCUUCCAAUCUUCAGACCUCCGUGUGCAUCAAAGGACCCACAGCGAAGAGAAGAUGUACCAAUGCAGCACAUGCAUGGCGUCUUUUAGCCAUGUGACUAACCUAAAAGCCCAUGAAAGAAUUCACACAGGCGAGAAACCCUAUCUGUGUUCCAUUUGCCAGAAACGCUUCCGCCAAUCAUCCACAUACCAUCGCCAUCUGAGGAUGCACCAAAAUGCUGCCCUAAAAUAA